GCCAUCUUACCUUUUUCUCCUUCCCCUUCCCCCACGCCGCCGUCCUCGUCGCCCCCGCCGCAUCCGCGAGCUCCCCCGCCACCGCCGCCGCCGAGUGUGCAAACCGAGCGGCCUCAGGUCGGCGCCGUUCGCCUUGCCCGACCUCAGCUCUCUCUAUCGGCUCCCGGAAGGGAAGGGAGGACUUCGGAUGACCAGGAGCAGGUUGCGGUCAGUCAAUAUCCGGCCAUGGCCACCUGAAGGGAGACGACGCCCUUUGCAAGCGGGCGGCACCACAGCCUCCACAGAAUGUUAGAAGGUCUUGCACGUGGUCCUUGCGGGAAUCAGCUCCACAACCUGGCCAAGCAUGGUCUACACGGCGAGCCUGGCAGUCACUUUCUUUUGGACUAUCAACGGCAUCAGCGGACUAUAUGUAAUGUGUGUGCUCUGGAGCUUCACUUAUGAACUAGACCUGCACAACAUGAGCCUUCUCCUUGCCUUCGAGCUGCUGCUGCUCCUUCUUGCCUUGCCACACCUUUUUUGUGCCUCAAAUUCUACACAGACGCCACUGGAUCGUCAAGCAGAGGCACUUCUCCAAUGAAAAUCUGGCCUAAACAAUAUGUCCAAUGAUCGCCUGGACUCAUGGACAAAGGGAAGCAACCCCUGUGACUGGGAUGGCGUUGCAUGUAGCAACAACGUGCUGCCUCGUGGCCGUGACCAGGGUGAUGCUGCCCUAGUUGUGUCCAACAUUUCGCUUGCGGGGUUUGCCCCUGUUGGCAUGUUAGACAGGCUUCACUUUUCAGAUUUGCCCCAUCUUGUGUAUCUGGACCUUAGUGGCAACAUUCUCCAGGGCUCAAUCCCAUCAAACAUUGGUGCUCUUGCCCAGCUCACUCACUUGGAUCUAUGUUGCAGCAUUCUCCGGGGCUCAAUCCCAUCUAGCAUUGGUGCUCUUUCCCAGCUCACUCACUUGGAUCUAUCCAACAAUGAACUGAAUGGAUCUAUCCCAACAUCCCUAGAUUUGCCUCAUCUUGUCUAUUUGAACCUUGGUAACAACCACCUCUCGGGCGGAAUCCCUUCAAGCAUUGGGGCUCUUGCGGAGCUCACAUACUUGGAUCUGUCCAUCAACGACCAGAACGGAUCUAUCCCACCUUUCAUAGGCAAUUGUACAAAACUAUCUUCCCUCGAUCUCUCUUACUACAAUUUGUUUUUACCAUGGCUAGUAAAGUAGGAAGACUAGGGAAUUUGAUGAGCAUCUCC